UUAUCUCCCACAUUUUCACACUUUCAAAUCCAAAAAUGGCUGAAAUUCGCGACGAGUUCGGCAACCCCAUCCCGCUCACCGACCAGUAUGGCAACCCAGUUCAGCUGACAGACGAGCAAGGCCGCCCCAUGCACCUCACUGGUAUCGCCACCACCGAGGGCGGCCAAAGCCAAGCCAUCCGUACUGGAGAGCAGCAGACCGGUAUAGGAACCAGAGGCAUCGGUACACACGUCCCUGGCACCGGUCUCCACGUUCCGGGCACGGGCACACACGUUCCAGGCACCGGUGCCCACAUCCCCGGGACUGGCAUACACAUCCCCGGCACAGGUUCUCAUGUUCCGGGGACAGGUGCACAUGUUCCGGGCACCGGUGAGCACAUGCCAGGAACCGGAGCCGGUAGCCACCCGUCAGGUACGGGGAAGACCGGUGGUGUUGCUGGAGUGAAGGCUGACGAAGUUAUCACCGAGCAUGCCGUGCAUGGUACUGGAAAACCCAAAACUGUAGGUGAACAUCUACAACAGGAGCGCCACACCGGUGAGGCCGGUGAACACCGUCGCAGCUCGAGCUCGAGCUCUAGUUCUGAGGAUGAUGGGAAAGGAGGGAGGAUCAGGAAGAAGAAGGGACUGAAGGAGAAGAUAAAGGAAACCUUUAGCGGUAAACAUAAGGAUGAGCAUCUGGAGGGGGGGCCGGCCUUCAAGACCCCCACGACGACUCCUCAGGAGCAUGAGAAGAAAGGCAUGAUGGAGAAGAUCAAGGAGAAGUUACCUGGUCACCAUCCCCACUGA